AUGUAUUCUCAAUGGAGUAAUGCGGAGGAGGAUAAGGAUCCAGCACUAGACAACUUAAUAAAAGACAUCAUCCAUAAUCGAUUGGCUUUAGAUGCUUGGAAAGGUGUGCUAGCUUUUGGUGUGUCUAAGAAGAAACGGAAAGUAAAAGCUAUUGUUGAUGAAGAAGGUAGUAUCACACGGAAGGGGAAAAAGAUCAAAAUGGCUGAAUUUUCUGGUGAAGAAAUCAAAAUUCAAAACGAAGACGAGAAGAUAGUCUCAGAAGAUAUACAGGUUGAUAAGUAUGACAAAAAAGGCUUCUCGGAUAUUUUAUUGAUGAAGGAAAAACUGAAUGGGAGUACUGUAGACAUGGGUAAGAAUCUGAGUAGUAGGAUCGAUGACUAAAAUGUAUAAAAAAUCUGUCAUAAUAUGAAUAAAAAUUAAAAUCUGUCAUUGUGUAAAACAUAUUUGUCAUCACUAUAUGAAGUCAUUCCAGCAAUUUCUU